UUAAAGGACACAGUUUUUAAUUUAUUUUAUUAAAAUUAAAGUAAGAUUAUGGAAAUGUUUUUAAAUGAAGAAAUUUCAUCUGAAGCGAAAAAGGAUAUACGUCAUGCAUAUUUGCGGGAAUGUGGUAUAACAUCGAAACUUAACGAGAUACUCAACAAAUUAUUGCAAGCGAAUGUGAAACCUGAAAAUCCUUUGGAUUUCAUACGUGAGGAAUUGGGUGAUAAACCUAUACCAACUGAAAUGAUUGAUAAUUUGGAACAUGAGUUGGAUGAUGCUCACCGGGAAAUUCGUCGUUUGCGUGGCAUAUUAAAAGAUCUCGGCGUUGACAAUAUAGAUGAACAACAGUUUCAUGAUGCAGAAACGACGGGUCCGGAUGAGUUAGAGAAUGUGGCAAACGAGCUCAACAAGUCAUUAACUAUUUUGAGCGAUGGAAAAAGAGAAGAUGAGCAAAAAAAUCAACAACAUAGCUAAGUUUAAACAAAUUCAUAUACAAAAUAAUUUAUUUUGAUUUGGUAAAUAAAUAAUAAUAAUGUACUAAGUUGGUGUAGUACUCGUACAUAAUGAUGACGUCUAAAAUCAAAUAAAAAAAAAUGGCUAAUCCAAUGCAACAUUAAA